CUGGAACGCCGUUGCACGCCGGAAGCCAUGGUGGGAUCGCAAGACGCAGGGCUGCUCCGGGUCGAGGUCAUCGACGUCUCCUACUACCUCGCCAAGCCGCUGCCUCCGAGAGCGGCGCAUGCGCUGCCCGAAGGUCCUUGCUACGAGCGCGCGCGGGUCGUGCCCGUCGUCCGCGUCUUUGGCGCGACGCCAGAGGGUCCCAAGUGCUGUCUGCACGUUCACGGGGUGUUCCCGUACUUUUACAUGCGCUGCGAGAAGGACCCAGCGUUCGACGAUAUCGAGAGCCUCAUGGCGCUGCUGCCGACGAUCGGCCGGGACAUCGAAGCCGGUCUCCGGACGCUCGCGACAGCGCAAGAAAGCGGUGCGCCCAAGACAAAGGCGAAAGGUCCCAUUCCGCCGUCCAUCGCCAAGCUUGUGAUCGUCAAGGGCAUUCCGUUCUACGGGUACCAUGCAGCCGAGGAGUUCUUCGUCAAGGUUUUCUACUACGACCCGGCCAAAACGAGUCGGAUAGUUCAAGUCGUCGAGAGCGGUCUUGUCGCGAGCCGUGUCUUUCAGCCGUACGAAGCCCACAUCCCGUACUUGCUCCAGAUGUUUGCCGACUACCAUAUCGAAGGCAUGAACUACCUCCGCGUGCGCAAUGCAACCUUUCGGACGCGGGAAGGACCCACGAUGGACUGGCCGAUCCGCCAAAGCAGCUGCGCGCUCGAAGCCGACGUAUCGUGCAAGAACAUUUUGAACCCUCACUAUAUCAACGGCGCGGCCGACGCGUGCUACGUCCCGUCGCUCUCGACGCUCUGGGAGGAAGAGAAGCAGCGCCGGCGGGACCAAGGCCUGGCCGCGACCCCCGAGACGGCGCCAAGUAUUCCGCGCCACGAGCAGCAUCAGAGGGCGUCGCCCGACGGGACGGAGAUGCCAGGCCCAUUGUCCCAGUCGCAUUUUACCCGGCGCAUGUGGGCCUCAUUAAACGAGAUCCUCGCGCAGACAACGUCGGCGCUCGACACCUCGAUCCGGAGUGAGAGCGAGGGCGACUUCUCGGGGGGCCUCGACGACUCGACGUUUGCGUACAGCCAAAUGGAAGAGAGAGACGAAGACAAUCCUGUCGUGGACAAGGCGUCGGACGAGCUGCUUUUGCUGCUCUCGCGUCUCCAAGAAGCCCGGAAGAACGAGUGCGACGAAAUCGACGGCGGCGACGUUAGCGCUGACGACGGCGACGCGACCGAUGACGAAAUGUCGGAAGAAGCGCUCCACGCGCGGGCCAUCUUGGACUCGCAGAGAGCGUACGAGCGCGCUUUCUCCCAAGAAGAGCCUCUCGACGCACCGGAGGACAACAUGGUCGACGAGACAGAGUCAUCAACUGCGUGGUGGGAGCGCGACCAGUCCAUUUGCGAAUCGCAGUGCUCGAUCCACGAGCUCGGCGCGCCCCGGGUGACGCAGUCGCCGGAACAAUCCCAAGUGGAUGUCAGUAUGGACGUCGAGGCGACGCAGCCUAUGCCGAGCCAGCGGCUGAUUCGCCACACGUGGCAGUACGCAGUGCCCCCGCCGUCGCUUCACGACCUCCUUCCCCUCCCACCCUCGACGACGCCGAGCGUGCACUACAGCGUCGCGUCCGACGUACCGGAGAAGCCGGUGGUCUUUGCGGGCCAGCGCUGCGCCUUUCCGAAGCCUGGUAUUGACCACUUGCCGCCCUUUCCGAGCGUUAGCACUCCAACGCUCCAGUCGCUUCAAAAGGAGAGCUCGUCUUUGCAUCAGCGUGUGCGACGACGACGUACACCCCUUCGACUCCCCCCGACGUUGGCUGAGCUGCAAGCGAGUACCCAAGGCGCAUCCCCACAUUCGUCGACGCAGACCUUGUCGGGGACGACGCAGCCUGCCGUGCCCCGACCGUCCCACUUGCAUAUUUCCAACAUCACCGUGUUGUCCCUGGAGGUACAUGCGAAUACGCGCGGCGACCUGCUGCCGGACCCAGCCUUUGAUGCGGUCGAAGCGGUGGCGGCUGUCGUCGAUGUGACGUUCCAGGAGGUGCAAACGCGGCGCUACCACCUCUUGGUCGUCGACGCGGCGGCGUCGACGACGAUGCACCUGUCGCUGCACGGACACGUAUACGAGGUCGAGUACGUUGCGUCCGAAGCCGCGCUCAUCGAACGACUCGUGGCGUGCGUCCAGCAGUGGGACCCCGACUUUCUCGUGGGGUUUGAGAUCCAGCAGGCUUCGUACGGGUACCUCAUUGACCGCGCGGCCGCUCUCGAUCCGCCGAUCAACUUGAUUCAAGUGCUCUCGCGGCUCCCGCGGACGCGAAUGGACGCGCGCAACCAAGCAGCUGCAGAUGGCAACAUUGGCGUCAUGUACGGAAUGAAAAAAGCGUCGGGCAUUUGGAUGUACGGCCGGCACAUUCUCAAUCUCUGGCGCUGCGCCCGGUCCGAGCUCAAGCUCGCGCGCUACACGUUCGAAGCCGUGGUCGCGAGCGUGCUCAAACGGCCUUUUCCAAAACACUCGCACGCGACGCUGACGCAAUGGUUUACGGCGGGCGGGUCGCUCCGCCUCCGCGCGCUUGAGGCGCUUGCUGCCCAUACAGAAGUGACGCUCAAGCUCAUGGAUCGUCUCCAGCUCAUCACGCGCACGAGUGAGAUGGCGCGGCUCUUUGGCAUUGAUUUCUUCUCGGUGCUCUCCCGAGGCUCGCAGUACCGCGUCGAGGCCGUCAACAUUCGCGUCACGAAGCGACUCAAGUACAUCAUGGUGUCGGCCAACCGCGCCCAAGUCGCGGCGCAGCCCCCGAUGGAAGUGAUUCCGCUCGUCAUGGAGCCGCUUUCGUCGUUUUACGCCGAGCCCAUUGUCGUGCUAGACUUUCAGUCGCUCUAUCCGUCGAUGGUGAUUGCGUACAACAUUUGCUACUCGACGUGCUUUGGGCGCCUCGGCAACGGCCUCGACCCGUCGCUCGAGAGUGUCCUUGGCGUUGUCGCCGACCAUCACGUCGACGUCGACGCGCUCCGGGCCGCGGGCAACGGCACGAUCAUUACGCCCAACGGCGCGCUCUUUUGUCCCAAGUCGAUGCGCUCCGGGGUGCUGCCGCUCGUGCUCAGCGAGAUUCUCUCGACGCGCAUCAUGAUCAAGCAAGCCAUGAAACAGACAAGCGACAAGCGACUGCUCAAGGUGCUCGACGCGCGCCAACUCGCGCUCAAGAUGAUUGCCAACGUCACGUACGGCUACACGGCCGCGAGCUUCUCGGGGCGCAUGCCGUGUGCUCAGAUCGCCGACGCCAUCGUGCACUCGGGCCGCGUGACGCUGGAAGCCGCCGUGCGCCUGGUCGAGGCACACCCGACGUGGCACGCCAAGGUCGUUUAUGGCGACACGGACAGUCUCUUUGUGCAGCUGCGCGGCCGGUCGCUCGCAGACGCCUGGGCAAUCGGCCAAGAAAUCGCCAACGACGUGACAGCGAUCAACCCGAAACCUGUGUGCCUCAAGCUCGAAAAAGUGUAUAUGGGCUCGUUCCUUGUCUCCAAGAAGCGCUACGUCGGCUACAAGUUUGAGGGUCCGACUCAGGCCAAAGGCGUCCUCGACGCCAAAGGCAUUGAGACCAUCCGGCGUGAUUCGUGCGGCGUGGUGCAGAAGCCCAUGCGUCGCUGGCUCGAGCUCCUCUUCCAAACGCGGGAUGUUUCCGCUGGGAAAAAGUACCUCCAAACGUACUGGCGCCACAUGCACAGCCAGCGCAUUCCGCUCCGGGAUUUCAUUUUCGCAAAAGAAGUCCGCCUCGGCACCUACGCAGGGCAAGGACCGCCAGCGGUGCUGGUCGCGACAAAAGCGAUGGCCAAGGACCCGCGCGCCGAACCGCGGUAUGCCGAGCGUGUCGCGUACGUUGUCGUGCGUGGGCCACCGGGCGCACGGCUCAUGGACCUCGUUGUGCCGCCCGAGUCGCUCGUGCAGCACCAAAAGUACACGCUCAACAUUGAGUACUACAUCACCAAGCAGAUCUUGCCGAGCUUUGAGCGCCUCGCGCUGCUUAUGGGCGUCAACGUCCGUCAGUGGUACAUGGAGCUUCCCCGGGCCGUUGAGAAGGCGACGACCCACCGCGGCGCGUCCUCGGUCAUGCGCAUCGAUGCGUACUAUACGAGCCAGCACUGCGUGCUCUGCGGCGUACUGAACCUCCAUCCGCGCGGCCUCAAUUCGGGCGCCUGGCUCUGCCGCGACUGCAAGGCGUCGGCAGGCGCGAGCUACUUUUUGCUUGAGAGCGAAACGAGCAGUCUCGAGCGACAGCUGAGUGCCGUGCGCCGCGUGUGCCUCCAGUGUCUGGGGGGCACGACGUUUGGGGCAACGUGGCAUGACCGCACUCGGAUGGUAUGUCAUAAUGACGACUGCGAUGUGUGGAGUGUAUGGCUGCGCGCUGUGACCCUGUAUGAAAAGUGCAGCGCGUACCCCGCGUUGGUCGAGAAUCCAAGAUAGAAGAAAUUUGCUGUAUAUUACGUACACAAACAACGAAGCUAGUAUUUAGGGUCG